UGGACAACGUCUCCGAAAUUUGUUUACAAGCAAUCCUAAGUUUUCCCUUGAGUUGAAAGAGAAAAUAUUGUUAAAGCAUAAGGAAUCUUAUAGAAAUAUCCACAAUGUCACUCCAGAAACGUCGUGAAAAAUUAAACAAACCCACGCGCUGGGAUCGCAUACGGAAGCGUCAGCUGAACCCCAAUUCCUUGGGUCUGAAAACGGAGGCAGUGCGUCGCUUCAUCGAGGUGGACUAUGUGGAUCGUAAGCAGGCGCAGCUGCUCAUCGAUGGCCAGCCGCAAAAGCAGCUGAAUCCCAGCGUGGUCAUGGACAUGCGCCAUGAGAUGUUCGCCAAGAUUCCACGUCAGCUGCCGCUAGCCACAGUGGCUUUUAGCAGCAAUCUGGACACCACAAAGGCGCACAAUUUGGAAGUGGAGCAGCGCUAUAUGAACAAUCAGCUGCAGAAGUUUCGCCAGCAGCUGGCCAGGCAGCAUCCGCGCAAGCAGGAGCGGAAGAUACACGUGCGGCCCACCAAGCCGGACUUCAAGCUCAAUCAUGGACCACUUAUGCAGAGCUUGACGCAGGCAGCUCAGCACAUCGACAACUUCUACAAGACUCCCGUGGAUGCUCUGAGUCAAGCAGCGCAGCUGUGCUCCAUGCGCAAACAGCUUGCGACGACAUCGCUGCUGCAGCAGCUGGAAGGGCAGCCCGAGGCGGAGGCCGACGUAGAUACGGAUCAGAAUUGGCUGCAGGCGAAACCAGAUGAAGUGAAGCCUGAGCUGGGCGAGGAGGUGGACAUGCUGGAGUAUCGCAAGUUUGUGAAGCAGGUGGAGUUAGACGAGAGCAGGAAUCUGCUCCAUAAGAGAUGCCGCACGCCAAGCCCUCUUCUGACUACGGAGGAAAUGUUCCGGCCCAUGCGUGCGGCAGCUGAGCGGCAAAGGCGCCACAUGGAGGAGGUGAAAACGGAGGAGGAACAGCGGGCUCAACAGCAGCCAAUGGAGCAACAGCAGCCGAGUGAGCACUCGCUGCAACGCGAGGCAUCCACUUGCUCCAAUACCAGUGAUGGCAUUGAUUCCGUCAUCUCUGAUCUGGCCGAAGAGGCUCUAUACGAACUGCAGCUGGAAGCAGCGGAGCAGGAGCAGGAGCAGUUAAGGCAAGUGGAUGUGGGCGUGGUAGAAACAAAAGUCGAAACAACUAUCAAGCUGGUCAAAUUUCAUCUGCCGACGCCGGAGACAACGCCGUCACCCACGACCUCAUCAGUGGAGCAGCUGCAGCCUCUGCUCAUACGUCGCAUGGAUAUACCAAAAGUUGUGGUGCAGCCCAAGCAGCAGGCGGAACAGCCAAAGGAGAAGCAGCCGCUGGACAGCAGCUCGGAUGCAGCACCUGUUGAGAAGGAAAGGAUUAUCGACGAGCUCUUCCAUCCACGCAGCGAAACGGAACUGAGCUGCUUACGGAAGCACUUCCUCAAGUGGAUACACUAUACAACCAUGGAGAAGAUAGAGCGAGAGCCCGGCAAGACGCACGUGAAUCGCGCGGCGAAGAUCAAUGCAUUUCUGGACAAGCUCCGACAGGAGAAGAGGCGACUGCGUAACAACAAGCGACCCACAACGCCAACCGAUGCGGAAAAGCGAGCUCAACGAACGAUGGAACAGCGCGAGGAGGCGGUCAAGAUGGCCAAGCAAUUUAAGACAAAGCUCAAGGUGCAGCAGGACAUCAUUGACCUGCAGCGCGUCAAGCUGGAGCGGCAGGAGCGUCUCAUAAUGCAGCUAAAGCUAAAUAAGCUCAGCGAGGAGGCCAAGGCGGCGCGUGAGGACCUCAAACAGGAGCUGAAGACUGUCAUACGAUGCGGCGAUCCCAAGGCCAAGGCCAAAGCCAGAUGCCUGCAAUUAAUUGGCAGCCUGCGCGAUGCGGAGGAUGAGGAAUUUGAGAGGCUGCAGGGCAGGGCAUUGUUGCAACCGCGCUUCCUGCAACACAUGCAGGAAAGAGCGCUGGAGCGGAGCGUGCGACAUGAGCAAGCGCGUCAGCGCAGGGCACAGGCGGACGCUGAACGAGAGGCUGCCAAGUUGGCCUUGGAGGAAGCAAAGCGCCAGGAGGAUGAGGAGGCCAAGCGCCUGCGCAUUGAAGUGCUGAAGGAGAAACGCCGCCAAGAGAAAAUGGCAAAGGUGCUUAGGGAACGCGAGCGCCAGCGCUUCCUAGAGAAUCAGCGUAAGGCUCUUGAGUUUAGUCGUCGUCUGUUCCUGCGCUUGGGCAUGGAAUGCUUCAAGCGUCUCAUUCAACGCAAGCGUGACAAUUUGGUCAAAAGCGAAGAGUUCUGCCGUCGUCUCUACAAGCGCAAAUUCUUUGUAGAGUGGCGCAAAUACGCGGAAUUCAGCGUCCGACAGAAGCACAUACGGGCUGAGCUCUGUUACGAGAAGGCCUUAAAGCGCAGAGCCCUGCAAGAGUGGCGUCUUUAUGCCGUGGAGCAGCGUAACAAGAUGUUGGUGGCCAUUGACUGGUAUGCUUUGCGCUGCACGGAGCAUUGGUUCGGGCGCUGGCUAGGAUACACCACCGGCUGUCGUCUAAUUGAGGACACGAAGAUGCAGCAGGCUGUUUCGCAUCAUGAAUGGCAUCUCAAGUGGAAAGUCCUGGAUUGCUGGCGCCGCCUGCCGCAAGUUUUACGCUUGGAAAAGGAGACAGAGGAGCGACGUCAGCGUUGGCGCAUGAAGAUCUGGGAGCUGCUGCCCGAUUACAAGCCGAGGGAGGAUAGUUUAUGGUAGCUUAAAUAUUAUUUGGUAUUGUAAAUUUACUUUUUUGUUUGACUCGG